AUGGCAAGUUAUAAUUUUACGCUUGCUGAAAAAUUCACCCUACUUGGCUUCUCCCAUCUCCCUCAUCUUCGAUUCCUUCUAAUCUGCAUGUUUUUAUUUCUCUACACCUGCACAUUGUUGGGGAACAGCCUCAUAAUCCUGCUCAUCAUAAAAGACCAUCGGCUUCACAACCCAAUGUAUUUCUUCUUGGCAAACCUCUCCGUAUUAGACCUGUUGUCUCCAUCAGUCACUGUGCCUAAAAUGAUCAAGGAUCUUGUUUCUGGGAAAGGAGAUAUAUCUUUCCAUGGCUGCUUCAUUCAAAUCUUUUUCUACAUUACAUUUGUGGCACCUGAAUGCCCUCUUCUCUCUGUUAUGGCUUUUGAUCGUUAUGUUGCCAUUUGUAAGCCUCUCCAUUACAGAAUCAUAAUGAGUAAAAAGAUGUGCUCAUGGCUAACAGGAGGAAUAUGGAUUGUGGGGAGUUUCUAUUCUCUCUUGCACACAUUGAUGACCAAAAACAUACAUUUCUGUGGUCCUUUCCUGAUCAAUCAUGUUUUCUGUGAUGUUCUCCCCCUUCUCCAGCUGGCAUGCUCAGACAUCACUUUAAACUUAGCAUCUCUGUACAUAUCAGUGUUUUUUAAUGUCAUAUGUAAUUUUUCUAUUAUUCUUAGUUCCUACAGUAGUAUUGUCACUGUCAUAGCAAGAACAAAGUAUAGAGGGGGAAGAAUGAAAACUUUUUCAACAUGUUCUUCACAUCUCAUGGUGGUCUCUGUAUAUUAUUUUACAGUCUUGGCCACUUAUUUUCAUCCAGUCAGUAGUUACUCAGAGUCCAAAGACAGAGCAGCUAUUGUUGUGUACACUGCCGUCACCCCAGCGUUAAAUCCCAUAAUAUACAGUUUUCGUAAUAAUAAUGUAAAGAAAGCGCUGAAGAAACUGUUCUGA